GUGGUAGGUCAAAACGGAAGGAAAUGUGUGAAAAUCGACGGCGAAAAACAACCGGCGCAUAUAAAUUGCUAGGCUUUUCGAAAGCUUUUGCAAUGGUGAGGCGCUUCUGUGUAAUGGAGUUGAAAUUAGAUUGCUCUUUUUUUGUGUUCGUUUUGUACCUUCAAACGUGUUUGACAGUUCGCAAGGUGACGCUUCUGACAGCUAGACGAGCCAAAGAGCCACGGGGUAAUUCUAUUUUUAGCGCUGUCAGACGCGUGUGGUACCUUAUUGCGUUUCGCAGCUCGGACAGGAUUGUUCGUUCGUGGCACAAUUGGUUAGCGUUUUCACGCAACGCACAUCCCCUGGCAGCAGCUAGUUGAAGGUUCGAAUCUGAAUAUAAUGCACAUAUUUUAGCCGUGAUCAGUUUUCGUGUUGUGACAGAAUCAGCUGAGAGAGAGACGUUUUGCCAAAGCUGAUUGUGUGUGUGUGUUCCGUGGAAAGAAGGGGCACAAUUGUAGUUUCUCGAAGGGACGGACGACACUUUGGCUUGCUGUGAGUGACAUAUAUUUUCCACGUGCUUUUAUUUUCGUUGCGGCGGCGACAGUGUCUGUGCGGUCGAGUGCCGCAUGAACAGUUCCGCAAAGCCGCAGGGAAAAGAAGGUGAAGCGUGUGCGUGUGUGCGUGUGUGUUGAUUCUGCUGUUUGCUACUACUGCUACGCUGUCUGGUUCCACUGUGCUGCAAGACUUCUGCCUGCCCUGUGUGCCGUACUACUCCACUCCAAUUGGCAGCUCGAUUGGUUUUUUCGUCACAUUUGGUCGCCACCCGUUGCAAACGCCCCGCCGGCCGCAUUUCUGCAAACCCGCUGUACCCCGCUGGGCGAAGGGCUAGUGAGCAAAGUGAUAACAGCAAAUCACGUCCGUGUGCGUGUGUGUGUUAGUGCCCAAGCAAUACCAGCCGCUAUGUCUGAUGCAGCAAACAAAUCGACCCCCGGAACAGCUGCUGCCGGCAACAGUAACUUUUUCCGGCGGAAAAAAAUCAUCCCUGCUGUGGUUGCGCGAAAGAUCGGUAACAGCAGCACCUCCAAAUCGAACAAAACUGCCGGCACAACUACAGUCAAGCCCAUGCCGGCAACUGUGUCCAACAACAGUGAGGAAUCAAACAGUACCGACAGCAUGGUGCCGGCUGCUCCCGUACCAAUAUCAGCAGUGGUUGAAGGUACUACGCCAGAGCAACGAUUGCAGGAGGAGGAGGUGUCUAAGAGCAUCACAGCGCCGGAAGAAUCUAAAAAAGACGCCAACAGUUAUCCUCCAGCACCCUCCAAACCGGCCACCGCCUUCCGGCGGAUAAAACCGAAAGUUGCAAUACUGCCCCAGCUGAAGCCGGCAAAAUCGAUUCUGAAAAAGACAAACACACCCAGCCAGGAGCCUUCGUCCUCCAGCAGCCCUGAAAGCACAGUGGCAAAUGCAGCUAAAAACGAGGAGAAACGCGCUUUACUAGAUCCGGAGAGUGAACCAGUGGCCGAAAAGACUGACACAAGGCAGGAGGAUAAGGAUGAGACGCUUACUAACAUUCCAAACACGUCAUCACAAGUUACAUCACACAGUACACAUUCGAUUGUAACAAGCGAAAAACCGGAAGAACCGAAACAUUCAGUUGAGGUUGUAGACGAAACGAACGUUUUGCAACAUUCAGUACAAUCCGUCCAAUCAGUAACAAACGAAAACGAGACGGAUGCAAAGAAUGUAUCUCAAACGGCCAAUGUCGUUGUUUGCGAUGUCAAAGAGCAGACGGCUCAACAGGAGAAUUCAUCCGUAUCGGAGGCUACUAACAGCACGAUCGUUGCCAUUGACAACGCUCCACAAGCUUCAACUCCAUCCCUACAAGAAGCUAGCAAACAGUCGAUUUCCCAAACUCCUACAAGCACACCCGUUGCGGCUACGGUCGGCACCAAAACGAUCAAGCGUGCCAUUCCUUUGGGUAAGCUUUCGGCCGAUCUGACCAACUUGUUGAAAAGUCACAUCAAGAAAAAGGGCAAAACAAUACCAGCGAAGGGAAACGGCAAGGAAGUAGCCACUCCAAAACCAUCACCCAUCGCGAACCAACGUACCGAUUCUCUCAGCAAAGAAUCGCAAGAAAAUCAGGAAAACCAGAAACAAAUCGUAAAUUCUUCCAAUGUGCCUCCGCCUCCGUCUGCUCCCUCACAAUGCCCGAGCAAAUAUCAGACGUUGUUGGAUGUGGAACCAUCGAAAGCAUGCUCCGAACUUGAUGCUGUUCCCGCAGUGCUUGAUUAUUCGGCAACUAAAGCGCUACAAACGCCCAACGAGUUGUCAGUCUUGGAGAGUCGUCCAGAUAAUGUGUUGAACCAGCAAAACAUGGUGCCGAAAAUAGCACCGGCCCCGGCCAAACCACCGGCAGCACCACCGGAAGCAUCAUCACCCGUCGCUGGGGGACAAACUUCCGGCGUGAAGAAGAUACAAAAAGUGCACAAGCUUACGGACGAAACGAAGCUGCUGCUGAUGAACAGUUUCAAGAAAGGAAAAGCUAAAGGUUCCGCUAAGACAGCGUCAGCGAAGAGUAAUGUGACCGUUGCUACUCCUUCUCAGACGGUGGUUGAAAGCGUUAGUGUGUUGCCAAGCGUCCCACCAGUCGUUCUGAAGAAAGCUACUCCUGCAAAGGACGAAUGUAAGGUGAACAUCAUUUCAAGCGUUGUUCUGCCGCGUCUUUUUAACGUCCCCGGACAGUCGGGACAGCCAAUACAGAACAUUUCUUCAUUCGGAACAACACACCAGCACAGCUAUACGUUCCCGGAUAGUUCGGCUGUAAUAAGCAUUCCCAGUGCGUCUUCCUCUUUGGCGGUGACACAAUCACUGGGUCAACCUAUCUGCACCGCGGCUGACUCUUCCAGCCAGUACCCGAAGGUGUUUAUUAUUGGUCACGAUGUAAAUUCGACGUUUGCCACCGUACCUUCCACAGUGCCGCUGCCGCCGUCUGUUGUGAGCGUUACCGUGCUGCCUCAACCGAAUCCCGUCUGUUUCGCGAACAUUCCUUCGACGCCCGCCCGACCCGUAUGUCUUCCUGCGCCAAUAGUCACCAUUCGACCGACGUUAUCGCAGAACGUUCCAUAUGCCAGUACCGCUCCACCCAGACUGCCCACACCGAUCGUUUCGGUGACAUUAACACCCGCGCAUGGCAGCAACUCAGCGGAAGCAUCCCGCAUGGAUGUACCGGUUGAUCCUCGCAUUGUGCCCAAAAUCGUAAUUCAAGGAUGUGACUCUGUCGAUCCUGACAGCCAAUCGUCGCUCUCCUCCACUUCCUCCUCAUCAUCAUCCGUCGGUCAGAACUCCGGAGCAAAGAAUCGUCAUCCAAGCGCAGGAAGGGAGAAGAAACAGCCCGAUACAGGCAAGGGAGGAUGUUCGCCCACAACGCUGAGCAUGCUGCGUGCCAAAAUGUUGCAGAACAUAAAGCAGAAAGCGGAAAACAAUCUUCCUCGAGACGAACCGGUACCGUCAGAAAUGAUGCCGCGACAAUAUGGCAAUACUUAUGGGAAGCAGCCGAAUGUAAUCAGCUCGAAGAGCCACCACGACUCCGUACCUGGAAUCCCUACUACGAUUACUGUCGAACCGAGUAAAUCUUGCACAGCGGAGAAGGAGCAAGUGCCUGAUACUUUAAACAAUAAUUACUUUACCACCGCAUCGAACGAUCCUCCACAGGUCGCCCCAAAGCUCGAAACGAAAGAUACGCACGACGACCAACUCAGCAAGGUCGACGAAAGCAACGAUGCGUGUGAUGAGGUUCGCCUCGCCUCAGCCAAUAGUUGCAACCUAGAAACGAAUGGAUUUUAUGGUUUUUCCAACGCUUCAAUUGACAAUGCUGAACGAGAUUUUGCGGAUCGUGCCCGCACAAUUGAUGCGAUGCUGCAGUCAAUAGAAAAGUCUUCAGCAGAUGAGCCGCCGGAUGAAGUAGAGCAAUGUGUGCCCACGGAUGAUAGUGACCAGUUAGCACAAUCACUGCCAGCAACGAUGAACGAAUAUUCUAAGACAGUAGUUAGAAAUACGUUUACAAAUAUUCUUACAGCUUGUUCCGAAACACGUGAACCUGAUGCAACUGUUUCCGAUGAUAACGUGUCUCCCGUGGCAAAUGUAAAGAGUGAAGCAGCUGAAACAUCUUCAAUAGUCGGUCCAGUUGUGAAGAAGGAAAAUGUUCCUGCAUCCGUAGGCGCUGCACCGGUGAAUACAGCCACCGAAGAAUCUGUUGUGGAUGAGCAAUGCAGUGAUCAAGAGGAUCAUCAAUGUCAGGAUAGUGCGGAAGAGUCUCAGCCUGGUGGGUCUGAUAAUGAAUGCGUCGAGGAAAUCGAGCCUCCCGCUACUGUAAGCCACAGUAACAUUGUAGAAUUUGAAGAAGAACGUCGCAGUAAUGAUCAAUUCGUUGAAGCAGCGGAGGCAAUAGAAAGGGAUGACAUCAUUAAGAACAGUGAAGCUUCAAACAUUGUGCGGGAUGACUCAAAGCAGGUACCAAUAGAGACGAUCGAAGAACCAAAAGAUAAAUCGCCUUCGGUACCGGAUGUAUCAAUUUCGGUAAUCGCACCUAUCCAACAACCUACAGAUGAACCAAAGCUGGUAUCUCCAGAGAAAACUGAAGAAUCAAAAGAUGUUUCUCACUUGGUAGUAGUAGAAGAAGCAUUGCCAACUUCACCUCCAGCAGUUAUUUCUAACUCGGUAGCGACAAUAGAAGCACCAUCAGUACGUACCGAUCAGGUGUCAGAUGAACCGAAGCCGAUAUCUCCAGAGAAAACUCAAGAAUCAAAAGAUGCUUCUCACUCGGUAGUAGCUGAUAAUGAUUUAUCUACAUCACCACCAGAAGAUAUUUCUAAUUCGAUAGUGGCAAUAGAAGUACCACCAAUACGUAUCGAUCAGGAGCCAGAUGAACCGACGUUAGUAUCUCCAGAGAAAACCGAAGAACCAAAACAUGUCUCUCACUCGCUACUAGCAGAUGAAGAAUUUCCUAUUUCAACAUCAGAAGAUACUUCUAAUUCUGUAGUACCAGCAGAACCACCAUCAGAACGUACCGAUCAGGUGCCAGAUGAAUCGAAGCUGCUAUCUCCAGAGAAAGCAGAAGUACCAAAAGCUUCUCAUGUGGUAGUGGCAGUAGAAGAACCAAUUGUUCCGCCGCCAGAACUCCCCAACCAGGUGCCAGAUGAACCGAUAUUGGCACCACUACCAAUUGAGCCCCAAAAACAAAAUGAUGAGACACUUCCUGUUGUGGAAGAACCACCCACUCCGCCACCAGAACUCACCGACCAGGUGCCAGAUGAACCGAUAUUGGCUCCACCACCAAUUGAGCCCGAAAAACAAAAGGAUGAGCUACAUCCGGUAGUGGAAGAAGCACCCAUUCCGGUACCAGAACCAGCGACCGGUGUAGACUUGAUCAUUGCUAUGGCACGCAUGAGGCGCGAAAACCGUGUCAUGUCCGUAGACACCGCUUCCGUUGAAGAGGAGUUCGAUCGUAUGGAGGAAGAGUUGUCGGUUGCCUCCGUGACUCCCACCAAACCAACAUCAACUUCCGGUGGAAGAAAGCAGAAACAAAAACCGAAGCGAAAAAAGCGUAAAAGGCGAAGGGACGAGUUAGUGGAGCUAUUACUGAAGCACGUUAACUAUGAGUCUUUGAUUGAGGAUUUGGUGCAGCAAGAGAAGCAGCGCUUGAAUUACGUCUCCUCCUCCUCGACGGAAUCGGACGAGGAGCGAAGCCUAUCCCCACUGGAACGAUAUAUCCGGGGGCAAGAACGCGAGCGGCGGCAGCAGAAUGAGGAGAACAUUGUUGUAGAAACGGAUGAUUCUACGACAACAUCGGAUGAGUCGCUGGUCGAAGAGAAGAUAUUGAGCAUUUUCUGCAACAAAGACGGUUCGACCGUGCAGAACGACCGUGCAAAUCCACCGACAGAACGCCCUAUCGUGCAACAGAAAGCGCGCAGUUCCGGUUGCAGUACAUCAAUGCGCGCUGUACCUGCGGAUCUGGAGAAAGAACGUUCCGACAUCUGUGAUAGAAUGGCAGAUGAGGCUGCAGUAGAGAUUAAAGAAGCAGAAUCGCUGCUGGACUCAGAUAACGACGUAAAGCAAUGCUCAGAUGAACUGCCGGUCGUUCCGGCAGUAGCUUCUACCGGCGUAAUCGACGGUGUAAUCAAACGCGAGCACGACAAAACCUGUGAUAAAAUCGACACGGCAAAAGAGACACCUGUUAAACUGUUAGAUGUUUCCACUGCGUGCGUGAAUACCGGAACCUGUGAUAAUGCAACGAGCAACGCUGUAGUAGAGAGAGAACCGGCGAGUUCUUCAAUUUCGCCUAUGGUCGAAACAAUAAAUACUCCAAUGAAUAAGGUAACAGAAGGACCAGUUAAAGGGAAUGCCAAGAAAAGGGCCGCGAAACGCCCGGCUGCUGGUAGAAAAAUGCCCCAGAAGAGGGCGAAAUUGAUAACUCCUCCGAUGGUGGAAAUGCCACUGUUUGAUAGUUCGGACGCACCAAACAACGAGGUAGUGUCUGACUGUUCGACCGAUGGAUUAUCUUCAACCGUUGAUGCGGCGGUUGUUAAUAGAGAAAAGCCAUCGAAAACUACCAAUGGUAGUGGAGGGGCUGGAAACGAUACAAAUCAUGGCGUCGAGGGCAAAGAUGAGAUCAGCAAGUCUGAGCAGAAAAUGAAAGCAAGCGUUAAGGAAAAGCAGGACACGUUACAGCGACCGAGCAGGAGUCGGAAAAGCGGCGGAAGGCACUCUAGCAGUAGUAGCAGUAGCAGCAGCAGCAACAGAAGCAAAAGCAACAACAGCAGUAGUCGCAACAGAAUCAACACUGCCAGCGAUGGUGACGAUAUUUCCUCUAGCGGUGAGCCAAAGACGGUCAAGAGACGUCGUUUGCGCCGCAAGAAGCGUUCCUCGUUGCGUGUACGUAGCAACCUUGCACAGAAAAGCGCCGCCAUUGCCGUCGAUUGUAGCACUGAUGAUCCUUCCGUUUCUAGUACUGCGCGGGGUGGUAGUUCUCACUUGUCCUUCACUGCUUCCUCCAAACAUUCUAAAGCUUCCAGCGCAGCUGCCGCCCCGACGUUUGCCAUCCCCGAGAUAAGCGCAUCGGAGGAGGAGAUCGUGACGCCCCGCCCGCGCCAGAUGAUCCGCGUGCGGAACAGUCGGGCACUGCUAGCGUCCCCUCCGCCCGAAGAACCGGUAAAGCAGGGACGGAAAAGAGGCCGUGGCCGUGGCGCAGCGACGAAACAAUCACCGGCCAAUGGCAAUGAGUCUAUCGUCGCCGAGCACACCCACCUGGAGCUCGAUCCGGAGAACCCGCUGGUAAAGUGUGGCCACUGUGGGACCAGCAUUGUGCCGGAUGUGUGGCAGGAGCACUACAACUUUCACAACGGGGCCACGUAUCGGGUCGGCAUCGAUCAACCGUUCGAUCUGCAGGACGUGAAGGCAAUGUCGGCCGUAAUACAGCGCUUCAUGAAGGUGCAGCGGCGGGCGGAGGUGGCCUGCGAACGAUGCGGCGAGGUGAAAAAGUCGGGCACCGGCAUGGCAUCGCACCUGCAAACGUGCGGCAAGUCGAAGGAUGAGCUGGAACAGAGCAAGACGGCCUGUGAGCACUGCGGGCGGAAAAUGAAAGCCGUCAGCAUAACGGUCCACCAGCUGCAGCACUGCAAGGUACUGAAGCUCAAACAGCAGCAGCAGCAGCAGCAGGAGAGCCAGGCAGCUGAACAUACGGCCAACAAUACAACGACCCCGAGCGGACGGAUGAAACGGAAGUCGGUCACCACCGCCGAGCGGUUGAUUAAAAAGCUGACCAAAGAAAUUAACGAAGAAGCAGGUGGUGACGAGCUGGUGCGCAAGAUAAGCGGCGACGGGCUGACCGAGUUCAUCAUGAAGUGCUGGCUGACGCACCUGCAGCAAUCGAAGGAAGGUGUGUGCCCCAAGAAGGGCUGCGCGUUCUUCGGCAUGACGGCGGAGUGCAUGCGCCGGGAGCACAGCUACCAGGAGGACGGCAACGAUCCGAAACCGGCCUACCAGUGUGUAAAGUGUGGACACAUGACCGUGAACCAGAGCACGGUCUACGACCACAUACGGCUCGUGCAUCCGGAUCUGGUACGCAAAGCGGCCCUGCAGCAGCAUACGGGGAUUUUCGGCAGCGACGGCGAUUCGGACGCGUACGUAGCGAGCGGCAAUGGAAGCGCUUCGGACGAUACGUACAGCAGUGGGGUGCUCGACGCGGAGGAUGAAGAGCUGGGUGGUGGGAAAGCGAAAAAGGGCAAGGGAGGCAAGAAGCAGUCUGGGGCGGCGGGGGCGAACAAAUCCAAGGCGAAAAAGGGCGCCGACGGUAGCGGUGGCAAGAAAGGCGCGGCAAAACAGCAGACAGGAGGAGCCAGCAAGGCCAACACAUCCGAGCUGCUGGAUAGUUCGAUGACAGCGGCGGCUGGCGAGGAAACGGAAGUGUACAAAGAAAUGGUGUUCCAGGAAUCGGUCGACUUCAAGGCGGACAAGGCUAAUUAUUACUUAAUGUCUGUGAAAUGGACGCACGAGUUUCGGCGGGACCAUUACACCGCACGACUACUGUUCAGCGAGCUUCGGCCCGAUGUGGACACUUCAUUUUUCCACUCGCUGCACGAUCUGCACAACUACCUCCCGAACACGGCCCGCUCGAUGCGCUACGUGCAGUGCAAUUCCAAGGUGUACGAUCCGGGCUAUACGGCGGAACCGUUCAAGAACCGCUGGCAGCAGAUGGGCACGUUCGAGGGUGAAGCGCUCGGUUGCGAGCAGCUCUUUUUCACCGGCGGACCGGUAGUGUCGCUCGACUGGUUGCCCCUGCCGGACGGUGUGCCCCCGGAUGCGGAUCAAUUUCUGGCCAUUGCGUGCAAGCAGACGUACGAUGAGUAUUACAGCUGCGAAGAGCUCGCCGUGCCCCAGCCACGCAAGUGCCUCGUGCAGAUCUGGAACGUUGGGCCGCUUCAGAAUCCGAGUUUGUCGAAGAUAACAGCUCGCAACCCUCGGCUGGCGUUCGCGAUCCCGUGUGACUAUGGGCCCAUUUGGCAGAUUGCUUUCUGCCCGAGCGGUUGCUACAACGAUCCCGCCCAGGGUGACGACUUCGAUCGACUCGGCCUGCUAGCGGUGGCCGGUUCCGAUGGGGAUGUUCAUCUGUACGCACUGAGUCGCAGUAUGGCGGAAACGCCGGAGGACACCAAGCCCGGUACGCCGCCCAGAGUGUUGCCCCUUCGGCCAGUGAUGCUGCUUUCGCUUAGUUUCACUACUCCACCGACUCACGACGGUCCUGCCGCUGAUUUCACCGGUCGCAGCGUGUUGAGGAUUGCGUGGUCCCGCGAAAAAGGCCACAACGUGCUGGCGGCCGGCUACUCCAAUGGUGUCGUUGCGGUGUGGAACUUGGCCGCCAAAUCGACGCUGCUCUGCGGGACCAAGGAAGGCAUCCGAACGCUGCUGCCCGUGCACAGGAUACUGCACUCUAGCAGCAGCUGCAUCACUGCGCUCGAUCUACACUACAGCUCCGGCACGCGGUUUCUCGUGGUGUGCAAUGCCGACCGGCGGCUGAAGGUGUACGAUCUGCGCUGUGGGCUGUACCAGCCGCUCGAAUCGCUAAGCACCAUCGUGCGAAGCCGCAUGCCGGCCCUUCGCUGGAUGCUGCACUUCCCCGUGCUGGUGAUUGCGUACGAUGAUGCGCUGUGUAUCGAUCGGUGUGCGUACACCGUGCAUCAGCCACGCGAAAUCGGUCUGCGAAUGUUUGGCAUAUUUACGCUCGGCGCUGAGAUGACCGAUCUCGGCAUGAAUGAUUGGCUGAGCAUGAAUGCGGUAUCGACCAGUGGUGGCGAUUUGGUUUGCCACCGUCCCGUACCUUUCGUGUUCGGUAUGAACUACAAAAAGAUGGCACAGGUUUUAACAACAACCAUCUCAAUGAAGCUGAAACCGGAAAACGAUUCCGCCGAUGUUUCGCGCUACGAUGCGUUCUCGGAAGAGUACGGUCUUCUUUUUUCUGACACCGACAAGGUUCCCACCGCUAUGGACACGGCGUCGCUUCAUCUGAAGACGUGGCGACGCGGCAAGCUCGGCCAUUAUCCCGCCGUCCGGCUGAACCAGAUCCGCUGGAAUCCGAACACCACGUCGUACGCGUACUACGCCAUCGGCUACCAGGCAGGGUUCGUGCGUGUUCGCGUACUGCGCACGUAGAGUACGCCCGCAAUGCCCUUCCGUUCGCUUCAUCGUGUGUGCUGCCAUUCCAAAUACAUUGUUUUUCUAUUUUUUUUUUGCGGUUUUAGUUUGCGGCCAACAGUAACAUUUCUAGUUCAUGUGUGCGCAGAUUUUAAUUUUAAGAUAGAGUGAAUUUUAGUUUAUGCGUUUUUAGCUGUGAGCGUAAAGGUAUGCUAAUGAGCGUAGUAGCGCUUUGCUGCUAGCGUGAGAAGAACUGGUUUGAAAUUAAAAAGAAUUAUAAAACAAAGA